AUGAGACGCAUCUGUAGUGAGUCGUCUCUGUUGAUACGGACGGCUGUUGUGAUUCCCGUACGUCUGUGGAGGCGCACGCCAAGUCCCGAUCGCACAAGAGAUGAAGAGAUUCAGGAUCGUCAGAAUGGAUUCAUUUGGUCAGAAAAACACAUUUUUAGACCUCAUCAACACUUUACGUAUGAUCCGUGUAGUUGGAGUCGACCUCUUGAGGAGAAGGUGAAGGCAAAGAAGAAGCUGAGUAUAAUAGAACGAUUAAAGGCACUGGAGGAGAGACAGGCUGAAGCUAUUAGAAUCAAUGAAAAGAAGGAUAACGAAGAUGAACAUGUAGACUACUCAUCAGAUGCAGAUUACUUUUAUUCAGAAAAAGAUUCUGCUACUGCUGCACCUCCACCACUUCAGGGAUUACUAGAGCGAUUAAAUGAACUUAAUACACUUUUAACAGCUCCACGGCAUGCCGGUUAUUCUCUUAGAAAACUUGAAAAAUUUCAAAAAGAGUACCGUGAAGUUUUAUUACUUGUCUUUGAUCGCGUUCAAGUAGCUGUUGUAGAUGAAACUAUGACGUUUGAUGCCCUUUUAUAUUCAUGGUUUUUUUUGCUACAAGGAGCACAACAAUUACUUGAAGUGUUGACAGGAGAACAAAAUGGUGAAGAACAACUUAUAGAUGCUAUUCUUAAAAUGCGUUCUGCACUUGAGAAAUUAUUGAUAGAUGCAAGGAAGCGUAUAGAUACUCCAUUAAAGGAGUCAAUAGUUUUGGAGAGUUGGAUAGAACUAUUUGAUGUCAUAACUCAUCCUUUUACACGGCAUAGCAGUAAACUAGAAGGUGAGAAAACAAAGUUGUUGUUAAGAAAAGAUGAUAUUUCAUAUCUUCAGGAGAAUGUCUAUCAAGAGAUAAUGAAUGCAUUGAUAGAACGAAUGAUAACAAAUGAUGCAUCAAAUUUUCAAACAGAAUUACUUGAUCCACAACAUUUACAAGUUCUUCUUCAUUGUAUGAUUCGUUAUGACCCUUUGAAAAAUAAUAAUAAUAAUAAUAAUAAUAAUAAUAAUAAUAAUAAUAAUAAUAAUAAUAAUGAGAAACACCUACAGCGUGUGGCAUUGCUUACAAAGAAGGUAGUAGAAGGAAUCUUUACAUCCGUUAAAGGAGUUGUGGCACCACCGGCUUCUCAAUCAAUUAGACUUGCACUACUAGGGAAAACCACUCAAAGUGUUGUUGUUAAUACAGAUGAAGUAAAUGAGAGUGAUAAACCACGGGCUAUUGUAUUAGAUGCGUGUGGCCCACCAAGUGGUGUGAGAGAUCCAGUCACAGCGGCGGAUGAUGCAAUCUAUUCAACUCGUGCUUGUUUAUAUUUACUGCAGCUGACGAAGUAUGCUACCUUCAACACACGAAUUAAAGCCGUUGAUAGUGCAGAUAAACUUCUUCUCUUACUUUCACAUACACCAAAUUAUGAUCUUAGUACUUGUGAUACCAUUAACUUUGUCUGUGAGUUAUUAGGUGAUAGUUUCUUCUUGAAGGAUGAUAAUAACGCUGAUGAUCGUUUUUUACGUAUUCUUCUUUUACUUUCACGUCUUCAACUUUUGAUGUGUAAUGACAGAACGACAUUAUGUCGUUUGUUUUAUUCAAUGUGCGAUAUCACACCACCUGAGUCCUCUUCUCCCUCAGUUUAUCGGGAGUGGAAACGUCUUCAUGGUCUUAUCAUGCACCAGUUAUUGUACACAUUACGAACAGAGGAGUUAUCAAACUACUACACACAUAUUAGUUAUAGUUCCACUAAUACUACUAAUACUACUACUAAUAAUAAUAGUGGGGAAAUAACAUGGGAGGAGCAUUUGAUAUCUGGAGAGUAUAGUGGAAGUAUACCAAUCUCAUUAUGGCGUGACGCCUGUGAACGUCACUUUAACGGAACGACAAAACCUUCUUUAUCAUGUGCACAAGCCUUAUUGCAGCUUCGAUCUCGUUGCAGGCCCAAUCAUGAAGUUCCAACAGUUACUUUGAAGAAUUCUUCUUUCUCUGCCUCUACUUUAGACUUUGAUUCUGUUUGUUUUUUGGUGCGAUUGUUGAAUAUUAUGUCGAAUGAUCUUAUUAACGUGGAUGAACUUAUAAUGGAUGUUAAUGCAGUUGGUUGGGAUAUCGCGUUGAACUUUGCCGUAGAUGAUGAACCGCUAUUGGAACUCUUGCAGAGUGCACGCCUCUGUGUUAAAGAACGGCAGGAUGCGGGGAGUAUCGUGACGACCUUCACGUAA